AGUCUUUGUCCCCUUUCUCUCCCCUUUCGUUCCUCCUUCCCUUCCCUUCUCUGCAGUCGUCGCUCCUCUAUCUGUCUCUUUUCUUGUUUGAUUUUCCUUCCAAAAUACACAUAACACAUCUUUUAUUUCCUUGGCGUUCUGAAGCUUCUUUCCUUUCCCUUCUUUUCUGUUCUUUUUUUUUUUUUUUAAAAAAAAAAACUCUAAAUAUCUUAUCCUAUUAUUAAUUAAAUUAUCAAACAAAACCCACAAACAGUUUUUAAUCAUCUAUAAUAUUUUUUAAUCCUUUUAAAAAAUUCAUUUCACCUUGGUUUCCUGUUUUCUUUCCUUUUGAUGUUGGCAUGGCUGGUUUAGAUUUAGGCACUACUUCUCGUUACGUUCACCAGCUUCACCACAGACCUGAUCUUCACCUCCAAAGCCAACCCGAAUCAGAAGACCACGACUCCAAUCGCGCCAGUGGAGCUGGUGGUGCUCUUGCCUCUCAUUUCUCCUCUGACCAACAUCAACAACAUGAAGACGGCACUCAUCAAGGCCUCGACCUAGUCGGGAUAGCUGCAAACUCUGGCGGGCCAGGAGAUAUCGUCGCCCGCCGGCCUAGAGGUCGUCCACCGGGUUCCAAAAAUAAACCCAAACCUCCGGUCAUAAUAACUAGAGAGAGUGCUAAUACCUUACGAGCUCACAUUCUUGAAGUAGGUAGCGGAUGCGAUGUGUUUGAAUGCGUGGCAAACUACGCCCGUAGACGGCAGCGGGGGAUUUGCAUACUUAGCGGAGCUGGAACGGUAACUAAUGUAAGCAUAAGACAACCAGCAGCCGCCGGAGCAAUUGUUACUUUACAUGGAAGAUUUGAGAUCUUAUCUUUAUCCGGAUCUUUCUUGCCUCCUCCAGCUCCACCUGGCGCAACUAGUCUUACAAUCUUUCUCGCCGGAGGACAAGGGCAGGUGGUAGGAGGAAGCGUUGUAGGGGAGCUGACCGCAGCUGGACCGGUAAUAGUCAUCGCUGCAUCAUUCACCAACGUGGCAUAUGAAAGGCUACCUUUGGAAGAAGACGAGCAGUUGCAGAUGCAGAGUAGCGGUGGUGGUGGAGACGGUGGUAGUGGUGGUGGAGUAGGGAAUAACCCUUUUCCUGAUGGCGCAGCAGCGACAUCUGGUGGAUUGCCAUUUUUUAAUUUACCACUCAAUAUGCCCCCUAAUGUGCAGUUGCCGGUAGAUGGGUGGGCAGGAAACUCCGGUAAUAGGACUCCGUUUUAAGAGAAAGGCAACAACAAUAAGAAUUUCACGUUAAGCUACCCAAAUUUGUAGCUUUUGUUUCGGAUUUGAAGCAGUUCAUACAUAGUGAGACGAGAUCGAUCAUGGGCUUUGUUGGAUGAUUAAGGUUAGCUUAAUUUCAUGGACUCUUGUAUUCACCAUCAUCACAUCACCAUGUUUCUUCAUCUUCUUCUUUAUCUCCUGUGAUGUUUUUAGGGUGUUUCUUUCUUUCUUCUCUUCUUUUUUUUUUUCUUUUCAAUUUUUUGUUUUUAGAUUUUAGAGUACUCUCUUUUCUAUGGUUUCUGGAAACAGUCAUCUCCUUGUUCAUUGUGGAACUAUUAUCUUCUUUCUCUUUAAUUCUAAAAAUGGGUUUGCGAAUGUAUCACUAUAUUUUUUAUGUGUUCAUUGAAAACUGCAAUCAACCACUAAAUUUAUUAGUAGCAAU